CGCCAAGAUUUCCGACCAAUAGCGAUGUUCGGGCGGAGUCCGAGAGCAGUCAAGCAACAAUUCGACUGCCACAACCCCCCAUCACCAAGUGCCCUCACCACCUGUCGGGAGAGCUACAAACGUGUACGAAUGUCAUAGGGAAUUAAGCUAGAACAGAAAAUCCGGACACUGUGAAAACCGAAUUCUGUGAACUAUCCCAUUAUUCACCUAGUUCUAUCCUCUAAUACAGCCCACGCAAGGUGUGUUUAUAUUCUGCUUGUUUGACCUCUGACCUGUGACCUCAGUGAGCUCCGCCAUGGCCCUGGAGAGUCUGGUUGGCUUUGGGAAGCAGCUGCUGCGGGUGAAGGUGGUAGACUGCAGCGCUGAGGACACUCGCCUGUCCCGCUGCCUGAGCACCUUCGACCUCAUCGCCCUGGGUGUGGGCAGCACGCUGGGCGCCGGGGUGUACGUGCUGGCAGGGGCCGUGGCGCGCGAGAACGCCGGGCCCGCCAUCGUCCUCUCCUUCCUCAUCGCCGCCCUGGCGUCCGUGCUGGCGGGGCUGUGCUAUGCCGAGUUCGGGGCGCGGGUCCCCAGAACGGGGUCCGCCUAUCUGUACAGCUACGUGACCGUGGGUGAGCUGUGGGCAUUCAUCACAGGCUGGAACCUCAUCCUCUCCUACAUCAUUGGAACCUCAAGUGUGGCCCGUGCAUGGAGCGCCACGUUUGAUGAGUUGAUUGGGAAGCAUAUUGAGGAGUUCUGCCGGCGUUACAUGACCAUGAAAGCGCCGGGGGUCCUGGCGGAGUAUCCUGACAUGUUCGCCGUAGUCAUCAUCCUGACUUUGACAGGUCUACUAGCAUUUGGAGUAAAAGAGUCAGCCAUGGUCAACAAGAUAUUCACCUGCAUCAAUGUGUUGGUGCUGUUGUUUGUGGUGGUGUCUGGCCUGGUCAAGGGCACACUCAAGAACUGGAACCUGGUGCCUAACAAUAUUCUCAAUGUCACCAACGCCUCCAUCUUCAAUGUAUCGGAGUCAAAGGAGAGCCUUGGUGAUGGGGGCUUCAUGCCUUUUGGAUUCACAGGGGUCCUAUCCGGUGCAGCCACCUGCUUCUAUGCCUUCGUAGGGUUCGACUGCAUUGCCACCACAGGCGAGGAGGUGAAGAACCCUCAGAGAGCCAUUCCCAUUGGCAUCGUUGCAUCUCUCCUCAUCUGCUUUGUGGCGUACUUUGGCGUGUCGGCCGCGCUCACCAUGAUGAUGCCUUACUACAUGCUCGAUAAAAACAGCCCGCUUCCUGUCGCCUUUAAGUACGUGGGCUGGGAAGGGGCGACCUAUGCCGUCGCUGUGGGCUCUCUCUGUGCCCUGUCCACCAGCUUACUGGGCUCCAUGUUCCCAAUGCCCAGGGUGAUUUGGGCUAUGGCAGAGGAUGGCCUACUCUUCAAAUUUUUGGCCAAAAUCAGCUCACGAACCAAAACCCCCCUAAUCGCUACCCUAACAUCAGGCAUUGUGGCAGCAAUCAUGGCUUUCCUGUUUGACCUGAAGGACCUGGUUGACCUCAUGUCUAUUGGCACACUGUUGGCGUACACUUUGGUGGCUGCAUGCGUCCUUGUCCUCAGGUACCAGCCAGAGCAGCCCAGCAUGGUGUACCAGAUGGCAAACACGCAGGACGAAGGCGAGAUGAGUGAAUCGGUGAGUGAGUCGAGCGCGGGGAUCCUGCCAGGGGAAGAGGAGCGUUUCAGCGUGAAGAAUUUGCUCUUUCCUGAGAAUCCAGAACCCUCCCACCUGUCUGGGUUCACCGUCAACAUAUGCACCAGCUCACUUGGGCUCCUGGUUUGUGUGUUCUGUAUUGUAGCAGUUCAGGGUGGACUGGAGGUCUGGACCCUGACAGUUCUAAGUGUCCUGGCCGUCGUCUCUUUGGCCAUCACCCUAGUGAUUUGGAGACAACCUGAGAGCAAAACCAAACUGUCGUUCAAGGUCCCCCUGCUGCCCUUUCUCCCUGUGAUCAGCAUGUUCAUCAAUGUCUAUCUGAUGAUGCAGCUGGACAGGGGCACCUGGAUCCGUUUCGCUUUCUGGAUGGCCAUAGGGUUUGUGAUCUACUUUGCCUAUGGCAUCAAACACAGCGUAGAGGCUAGUUCUGGCUCUGAGGCUGACCUCAAUGGAUACAAGCCAGCCUGCACGUUGAAUGGAGAGCCCAUGGCACCUGAAAAAGAGGCCUUCCUCUGCAAUGGGCUGGAUGCCAGGGAAGAGGAAGAUGGUGAUCCCUAACGGUCCAGGGAGCAAUGCUGCAUCACUGAAGUUUGCUCUUUAUGUCACAACUUAUAGAGUACGACAAGUUAAGAUACGCGCAAGUCAAAGGGACCCCAGGUAAACUUGAAUUCUGGUCCACGGAAGCCCCUCCACCAAACUGGGGUAGAGUGGUCUCCAAGGAACUGGUGGCUGCUAUAUUGCCAGUAUGCUCUAGUACCUUAAUAGCUUUUGUUAGUGUGACUACUUUUAAUUUAUUUUAAAUGAAAACCAAAAACGAAUUGCCUUUUAUCCUCAAGGAAGUGAUAUGUAGCAGCAAGUUGCCAUUUGUUAUGGUAUAUGUGAACCUUUGACUUGAGUUGCCAACAGUAUACAUUCAACAUCCAGGCCAAUAUCUUUUGGAGUUAAAAAAUGAGCUUCAGGCUUGCCAUGUGCUGUGUGUCCGUUAAGUACAUGUUAUAUGUCCUUGGCUGCUUCUUGUCUUUGACUUUAUUUUCAGUGCUUCAGUUGUAUUCCAGUCAUUAAUUCAAUAAUGGAAGAAAUCUUCUGACAAUGGACGAUUAGCC